UGUGUGUAAGUAGUGACAGGCUUAGGAAAUCCGUGACUCACUUUGAUCCUUCUUUCAGUGAGCGUAAUCCACAGAUCGAGAUGAAUGUUUCUGGUAAGCUGCAUAUAUUUGGCUUUCAUCCUCUCUAUCCGAGGACUUGAAACCCAUCGCUCUUCCACUUCCAGUAAAACCUCGAUGCAACCUGGUCCCGAACAACUCAACAUGGUUUCUGGUCGUGCUCUGCAAUCUCGAUUCUCUGAUGCACUAUCUUCCGCUGCACUACAGUACACUCAUGCGCAGGUCACCUUGCUUACUUUGUCAUGACUUGCAGCAGACGUCCAGUUGGGACAUAAAUUCAAGCACGACUACUUGCUCACGGCUCAUAGCCAUCAUCAUCCGCCUACGUGAGGAGUGAAAAUAAA